CAAUUAUGCAAAAUAGCUGCGAAAAUAUGUCUGAGAGAGAGAAAAGGAAGGUGUGCGAUUGAAGUAAGGGAGGAUCUGCGAGAGUGACUGAGAGAACCAGGAAGACGUGCGAGACUGGAGCUGAGCCAAGCACCAGUCAUACUCAACAUAAGGGCUCUCGUUUUGCAGCUCCUGGAGCUCUUUCUUCAUAACUCGCCUCUGCUGAGUGGUCGUCGGUCUUAGAUGGAGUGUGUGAACGUGUGAGGGGUUGUUUGACAUGCCCAAGGGGGGGUUUUAGUGAGAAACAACAUGGAUUUCCAUCACAGGGCAGCUCUGGAUAUCUCCACCAAGAACCCUCAAGAUGAUUUUGAGAUCCUUUUAAGAGUUGGAGGUGGAACCUAUGGUGAAGUCUACAAGGCACGAAACAAGCAGAAUGGAGACCUGGCAGCCAUCAAAGUUAUUAAAAUGGAACCAGAGGACGACUUCUCCAUCAUCCAGCAGGAAAUAGUCAUUGUAAAGAGCUGCAAGCAUCCCAACAUUGUGGCAUAUUAUGGCAGCUACAUUCAAUCCAAUAAGCUGUGGAUCUGUAUGGAGUUCUGUGGGGGCGGAUCGCUUCAGGACAUCUACCACGUCACGGGUCCUCUGUCCGAACUGCAGAUAGCCUACAUUUGCAGGGAGAUGCUGCAGGGCCUGGACUACCUCCAUGCACAGAAGAAGAUCCACAGAGACAUCAAGGGCGCCAACAUUCUCCUUAACGAUCAGGGCGAGGUCAAGCUGGCGGAUUUCGGGAUCUCUGCUCAGAUCACAGCCACUCUGGCCCGGAGGAUGUCUUUUAUUGGAACGCCAUAUUGGAUGGCGCCGGAGGUGGCGGCCGUGGAGAUCAAAGGUGGCUACAAUGAGCUGUGUGACAUCUGGUCUGUCGGCAUCACCGCCAUAGAGUUGGCUGAGCUUCAGCCUCCUCUGUUUGACGUCCAUCCUCUGCGAGUCCUGUUUCUCAUGUCCAAAAGCGGGUACCAGCCUCCAAAACUGAAGGACAAGUCGAGAUGGUCGUCCACGUUUUACAACUUUGUGAAGGCGAUGCUGGUGAGGAACCCAAAGAAGAGGCCGAGUGCCUCCAAGUUGCUCUCGCACAUGUUUUUGACCCAGCAGGGCCUGAGCCAAGAGGUGACCCUCAAACUGCUGGAGACCUACAGAAAUCCUGAGAAACUGAAGGCCUGCGUGCAUACAGAUGAUGACGACAUGGAGGUGGCACCUCUUGCAACUUUAAAGAGGAUUCAAUCUAUCAACAAACACAACCGUGCGGAGAGAACCAACUCUGACAUGAGCUUUGAACAGAUCUACACCCAGAGGCCUGUGAAAACGGACUCACCCACUGUAACAUUGCGGGCCUCACCCGGAUCAACGGGCAGCAGCAACAGUCUGGUCAGGGAUCAGGGAUCAGAUUCAGAUGACGACUACGACGAUGUGGACAUCCCCACGAUACAGACGUCCUGUCACACAAUGCCAGCCAAUGAAAUUCCACCCCCACUUCCUCCAAAGCCCAAAGUGCGGACCAGCUCAGAGGAAAGCGUGGCAAGUGAAGAGGAUCGGUCAAGGAAACCCUCCUCGCUCCACACCCCCACUCCUCUCUCGAGGACCUCAAGCGGGACUCAUGUCCGACCCACCUCCCACACCCGAGCCUCGCGGCACUCAGUUCGGCUGACAGACAACCCAGCAGAUGACGUCCCACCUGAACUCCCCCCUAAAGGCAUCCGCAGACGGCAACUGCCGCCAAAGGACUCUGAGUGUGUCAGCCCCGUCACAAAGAAACCUCCUGUCUUUUUGAGAAAGGUCUUCCAUGGCUGCCCUCUAAAAAUAAAUUGGUCCACAACCUGGGAAAACCCCACCUCCAAAGAACAGCAUCUGAUCCUGGGGGCCGAAGAAGGAAUCUACACCCUGAACCUGAACGGCCCUGAGGCCACGAUGGAGCUGCUUUAUCCUGGGAAAUGCACCUGGGUUUACACCAUUAAUAACGUCCUCAUGUCUGUAUCAGGUAAAUCGUCGCAGCUUCAUUCUCACUCGCUGAAGGAGUUACACGAACAGGCUCGGAAAGACCAGAGGUUGGUCCCCAUAUCCACCCACAGACUUCUACCAAGAAAAUGUGUUGUCACUUUUAAAAUACCCGACACCAAAGGCUGCAAGACCUGUUCUGUUGUGGAGAACAUGCAUCGAAACUGCGUGUUCCUGUGCUGCGCCCUGGAGUCCAGUGUGUUGCUGUUGCAGUGGUACGAGCCCAUGCACAAAUUCAUGCUAAUCAAGCAUUUUGACUUCCCCCUGCCCAACCCUCUGCGGGUGUUUGAGAUGGUGGUGGCGCCGCAGCAGGAGUACCCUCUGGUGUGCAUCGGCGUAUCACAGGGACCAGACCCCAGCCGACCCGUCUGCGUAGAUUACAUCAACCUGAACUCCAGCUCGUCCUGGUUCACCAACACUGGCAUGGAGAAACCCAGCCCAGAAGUAGUUCAAGUUCAACAGCUGGACAAAAACUCUCUGCUUGUGCUCAUGGAAAAGUCGGUCCUUUGUGUUGGUCUGAACGGAGAGGUGAAGAACCUCCAUCAUCUUCCUCAGCAGACCACUUUCUUCCAUGAGAUUGAAUCUAUAGUGUUUUUUGAAGACACCCUCCUGACAGUUUGGCGCCAUGGUUGGCAGAGGAGAGGAAAAGGUUUCACGGAGGUGCUGGAGGAAUUGACUGACCCCCGAAAAAUCUACAGAAUGGUGAAGUCCCACAGGACCGUCGUCAUGGAAACCCAUCCAGUAGAGGACCAAUCAGGUCUGUCCAACCUGUACGUCCUGGAAAUCGCUGAGAAGUAUGUGCUGCUGCCAUGACCCAGUGCAUCAUGGGAAACUCCCCACGUUGGAGACUGGCACUGUCAGCCGUUGAAGGGAGACAAAAACAGGAGGCCUUGACAUUCUUUCAACGCAGAUGCGACCAUACCUCUGGAUUCUACCUGCUAACCUGUGGAGAAACCCGAUGAGAUCGUAGUGUCCCCCUCAUCCCUAUGUUGCUGUUAUUUAUGCUGUUUUUGUUUUUCACUUGAGAUCCAAAAAAUGUGAGGAGUAUUCCUGAGUCACGAAAAAAAAAAGUGUUGUGCUGACCCUGAAGAGUCACCGUCCUCCUGCCAAAGUAUUAUUGAUCACAGCCUGCAGGGACUCAUGCGGCCUCCUUGAUGACAGAAGAACUUAAAGGAGCAGAGCCUGCUGGGGGCUCGUGCUGUGCUUUGUGACCUGAGCCUGUGUUCCUGCCAUUACACUCAAAUAAAGAUCACACAUUUGAAGGAUG